CCUAAGCCUCCUUCCAGCCUUAGUCCCAACCUGAAGAGGCUACACCCGGGUGGAGUCUUACAUCACAAGAGCCUUCCAAAAUGAGAAGCCAAGAAGACUUGGCCAAAGUUUCCUCUUAAGUUUCGUGGAGAGAGACUCAGGUAUAGAAAUAUCCUUCCUGCCGCCUGACCCGAAGCAGGAGAAACUGCUGACAGCUUGGAGACCAGCCCUGCCAUGUGCACCAGUAGCACCUGCGACCUGGAGGAGAUCCCCCUGGAUGAUGAUGACCCAGACAGCAUGGAAUUCAAAAUCCUGGAGUUCUAUGUCAAACACCACGUCUUCAAGAACACCUCUGCUGUCUUCUCACGAAAGCUCCCGAGAACAAGAAGUUUGUCCCAGAAAGGACCAGAGAGUUGGCAGGCAAAGAAAGCAUGGACACAGGGACCGUGGACUUGCAGAAAUUCCCAAUCCACGGAGAAGGCCAUAAACGUUGGCAAGAAAAAGUCGUCUUGGAGAACACUCUUUGGAGUAGCAGAGAAGGAGGAGGACUCUCAGAGCUCACCUCUGGAUAUCCGUUUUGAGCUGCAAGGUCCGGUGGGACCUCAGAGUGGUCCUCACGGUCGGCAGUGGCCGAGGUCCCUCUCCAAUGUGGAACAGCGCUUAGAGCGUGAAGCUGUGGACCCCAAGGUUGUUUCCAUUGCCAACCGAGUCGCUGAAAUCGUUUAUUCCUGGCCGCCACCAGAAGCGCUCCACAGCCAGGGAGGAAGCUUCAAGUCCAGAACGAUUGUGACACACCAGGGUCUCCAGCACCAGGGCUUCCAGCCUACAGCUGCAGGUGGGAAGAGUGUUGAUAAUGAGGGUCCUAGCUGGCCCCUGAGUUUGCAGUACGCCAAAACAGAAGGCGAAAGAUUGAUCUGCAAAGGUGGUGGUGUCUCCCAAGCUCAGAAGCAAAACGGAAAAGACCAGAUAAUAGCCAGAAUCGUUGAGCUGCUGAAAUAUUCAGGGGAUCAGUUGGAAAGAGAGUUGAAGAGAGACAAGGCUUUGAUGAACAGCUUCCAGGGCGGGCUGUCCUACUCUGUUUUCAAGACCAUCACAGACCAGUUCCUAAGGGGUGUGGACACCAGGGGAGAAUCAGAGGUCAAAGCUCAGGGCUUUAAGGCUGCUCUUGCAAUAGACGUCACGGCCAAGCUCACAGGCAUCGACAGCCAUCCCAUGAACAGGGUGCUGGGCUUUGGAACCAAGUACCUGAAGGAGAACUUCUCGCCCUGGGUCCAGCAGCACGGUGGCUGGGAAAAAGUACUUGGGAUAUCACAUGAAGAAGUAGACUGAAACAUCAGAGGAUUUGUAAUCUGGAAUACUCAUGGUCCAACUCUGGUCUUGUGUACAUCCGUCUUAGCAGACUAUGGGAGAAAACAAAAAUGGACAAGGCAGAUGGACCAUCAAAAUCUGCAAAACCAUUAUUCCUGCAAAUCAAGAGGCAUCAGGAGAGGCCUUGAAAUCUCCGGCUCAUAGAAUCUAGUAGCAUGGCCCUCGGCAUCCAUGUUUUCAGGUCUCCAUUGAGUGUGUAAGGAAGUCUCGAAAGGCAAGUGGUAAUUUUCCAUUCAAAUGCUUAGAACAGAAGCCAUCACCCUGCCUCUGCCGGCCACUUUAGUGAAAGUGUGUGACACAUGUUUGUUGACCUCAUGAAGGUGAAAUGAUAAACGGUGCAUUUGCUUACUCUUUGGUUUCCAGUACUAUUUAUUUUUCAAACUUCACUUGAGAUGGCCCGAUAAUGACAUUGUUUCAAGCCUACCUUUAGGCCCAUGUGGCUGUUCAUGUUGGUAGACAGAGCUCAGAGACUCCUGGGUUUACUGCUGUAUCCACUAGCCUGGGGAGAGACUGCCGUAUCUGCUUUUAUUCCCGCCCCCCCGGUACGUGGGCUUCUCACUGUUGUGGCCUCUCCCGGCUCUGGACGCGCAGGCUCAGCGGCCAUGGCUCACGGGCCCAGCUGCUCCGAGGCAUGUGGGAUCCUCCCAGACCGGGGCACGAACCCGUGUCCCCUGCAUCGGCAGGUGGACUCUCAACCACUGUGCCACCAGGGAAGCCCCGUAUCUGCUUUUUGACUCACUUCUCUUGGAGAAUUCUUUGGCAGUUUGAAAAACUUCCAUUAGGCAGAAAACGACUAUUCCUAUCACCCUCAACUAUCUCAGUGACCCCACCUCUACUUCUCGAGGUUUCUAGGCCUUUGUUAUUUUUUGCGGUAAUGAUUAGUGGUUGGUAAAAUAAAUAUGCAGAAAGAUAACUGUCAAAAGGGUAUGUUUAUGGUUAAAAUAGACAGUAAGUAAGAGUAUACGAUUUCUGUGAGGAUCAUAUAAGUUAAUUUAUAUCAAGCGCUUAGAACAGUGCUUGGUAUUUAGUGCUGUAUUCACUUAUGUCCACUAUUAUGUGCUGCCCUCAGCUAAGCUGAAAACUUCCUUUGCUUUCAAAGCAGUCACUGAUAGUUUUUCUGAAAUUGAUACUGUUCAGAAUGAGGCUUUUUAGUAAGUGAAGUAUGUUCCAUAGUGGGUGUUUAAGACACAAAACAAUUUUUAAAAAUACUAUCAAAUUAGAGUCUUACAAAUUUCUGGCUCCCUAGCGCCCAGCACAUAGCCUGAUGUAAAGUAGGAGUUUAACAGACCUUUGAUGAACAAAUAAAUGAAUGAGUUUAUCAGACAUAUUUUCAGCUUCAAGGGAAAGUUGGAGCUAUCUAUGAUCACAUGCUUCACUACUCUACUCUGGACUAAAAUGAGCUAUUCUCUUCUACCUUCUUCCCCCUACAUUGAAACUCACAAAUUUUAGGGCUAAAGGAGUUUCCUUUUACAGAUGGAGACACUAGAGACCACCUCCUCUCCAUUCCAAACUAUUUGCAGUUCCCCAAAUGUAUUAUGUAACCUUGUACCUCUGAGCCUCAUAACAUUUUCCCCGCUUGGACUAUUCUUAUCUGUCGGUCCUCUUUCCCCCGUUUUCCCUAAUCCAACUAAUUCUAGCCCAUUUUUGCAAAUCCAUUCCUUCAUUUUCUCCAGGAAGCAUUUGCUAACCCUCCCUGGGCCACCAUGAGACUAUAUUUGGAUGCCUUUCCUCAUAAGGAUGUUCCAUAUCACCCUGUAUAGAGACAUUAUACCUAAUACAUUGUAUCAUAAAAAUGAGUCUUUUGCACUGGAUUAUAAAUUAUUUUGUAAACAACUGUUAUGUCUAAUUUAACUUUGUAUACCUAAUGCCUGGCAUAUUUUUAGUGCACAUUUGCAGAAUCACACCCUAGCCUCACUGCUAUAACCUGUAAAUCAGUAAGGUUGGAGCAUGGCCCAAGGUAUGUGUAGUUUUAACAAGCUCUCCAAGUGUUCCAAUAUCAUCUGCAGCUUCUAGCCAAGAUGAAGUACUAGUAACCGAAUUUAAUCUCCUGCUAAAAACAACUGAAAAACAGAUGAAAUAUAUAUAUAAAAAACCCAGUUAUCAACACAUUGUGCAUCAGGUAAUGAAGGACUUGGUCCCUGAGAGAUGAGAAAAGAAGUGAGCCCAGUGAUUGCCGUAGAUUACUGCAGGCAGAGUUCCCAGGUCACGCUGCAAGGAAGGGAGCCCACACAGGGCUCAGCACUCUCCCUGAAGAGAGGAGAUACAGCCUGGGAGUCCAGGAAGGCCAAGGCAGCUGAAGUUUGUAGGGCAAAUGGAGAGAAGAUGGCACACCAAGCUCCAGAGAUCUGCAGACAGCUCCCCUCAAGUUUUCAGAUGAACGCUCAUCAACGUGGGCCUAUCAAGAAGUAACCCAAGGCUUGGGAAAGAAACGCCUGAAAACAUGAAGUGGCAUAGACUCUUCCAGGCUCAUACAGGGCUGGGAGCAGUGCCUAUUUCCACUGAGCAGAAUGGAGAAACCUCAAAAUCCACAUGGCAAUAGGCGGAAGAAUUCUGCCUCCGUAGUGGGAAAAAAUUAGCCCUAGACUAAACAUACUUCUGGUUCUCUCCAACAAAAGCAAACAGCAAGUACCAAAAGGACUAAGCUGUUCUCAAGUAAUUUAGCUGUGUUCCAGAACAAAGCUCAAGAAUAUUUAAAGGAUCACAAGACUACCCAACACCCAACAGGUAACAUUCACAGUCAGCAUCCAAUACAAAAAAAUUACAAGGCGUGUAAAGAAGCAGGAAAAUGAGACCCAUCAUGAGAAAAUUAAAAAAAAACACAACAGAGAUGAUACAGCUGAUAUACUUAUUCUACAAUAAAGAUGGAACCAUCUUUAUUGUAUUGCAUAUGUUCAAUGAGCCAGAGGAAAGACUGAACGUGUGAAGUACACAGAACCUCACAUAGAAAUUAUAAAUAUGACUCAAAUCAAACUCCUAGAGAAGAAAUCUAUAACUCUGAGAUGAAAAAUAUACUGGAUCGGAUUAACAGCAGACUAGACAUUGUAGAAGAAUAGAUAAGUAAACCUGAAGACAUACCAAUAGAUUCAAACUAAAACACAGAGAAAUAAGACUGGGGGAAAAAACAACAGAGCAACAGUGACUUGGGAAAUGACUUCUACCAGCCUAAUAUAUGUGUAAUUGGAGUGAAAAUUUUCCAAAUUUGAUGAAAACUAUAAAUGUACAGAACCAAGAAACUCAAUGAAUGCCAAACACAAAAACACAGAGAAAACUAAGGCACAUCAUAAAUUGCUCAAAAGCAGUGAUGAUGAAAAAAAAUCUUAAAAGUAGCCAGAGAAAAAGGCUCAUUACAUACAGAGAAACAAAAAUAAAAAUGACAGCAAACUUUUCUUGGGAAACAAUACAAGACAGAAGAAGAGUAUUAACUUUAAAGUAUGAAAAGAAAAAAACCCUGUCAGCAUAGAAUUCUAUACUCAACAAAAAGAUGAUUUUAAAAAGGAAGGUGAAAUAAAGAUUUUUUUGAGAAGUACAAAAAAAAAGAA